AUGGAGACGGCGAGCGACGGCGGCCGUUUCCCCCGGGCGCUGCCGCUGCUGCUGCUGGUGCUGCCGGUGCUGCCGGUUUUGCCCCGCGCCGCCGCCGAGCAGGUCGUCCUGAUGGACUCGAAAGAAUCCCAAGCGGAGCUGGGCUGGACCUCACACCCUGCCAACGGGUGGGAGGAAAUCAGUGGUGUGGACGAGGAGUACAAACCCAUCCGUACCUACCAGGUGUGCAACGUCAUGGAGCCCAACCAGAACAACUGGCUGCAGACGGGUUGGAUCGCCCGGCGCGACGGCCAGCGGAUCUUCAUCGAGCUGAAGUUCACCCUGCGGGACUGCAACAGCAUCCCAGGUGUGACAGGCACCUGCAAGGAGACCUUCAACCUCUACUAUGCCGAAUCCGACGCCGAUCUGGGCCACAGCAUCCGCGAGAGCAAACACACCAAGAUUGACACCAUUGCUGCCGACGAGAGCUUCACGCAGGGGGACCUGGGCGAGAGGAAGAUGAAGCUGAACACAGAACUGCGGGAGAUCGGGCAUCUGAGCAAGAGAGGCUUCCACUUGGGCUUCCAGGACGUGGGUGCUUGCGUGGCCCUGGUCUCCGUGCGGGUUUAUUACAAGAAGUGCCUCAGCACCGUUCAGAACCUGGCGGUUUUUCCAGAUACGGUGGCAGAGACGGCUUUUGCCACGUUGGUGGAGGUGAAGGGCACGUGUGUCGAGCACGCCCGGGUGGAUGUGGAUAAUCCCCCCCGGAUGCACUGCAGUGCUGAGGGAGAGUGGUUGGUGCCUGUCGGGAAGUGCCUCUGCAGCCCAGGCUUCGAGGAGAGGGACGGGAGGUGCAGAGCAUGCCUUCCAGGAUUUUACAAGCUCUCCCUCCGCCUCCCUCUCUGCUCUCCUUGCCCUGAGCACAGCUUCACACAUGAAGAAGCCUCCACCUUCUGCUCCUGCCAGAAGAACUACUCCAGGUCCCCGUCGGACCCUCUGUCUGCCUCCUGCACACGCCCCCCAUCUGCCCCAAGGGACCUGGUGUACAGCCUGCGGCGUUCCUCGCUGGUGCUGCGUUGGAGCGCUCCUGCCGACGCGGGCGGCCGCAGCGACCUGACCUACAGCCUGUGGUGCAGCCACUGCCCGGCGCCGAGGGGUGGCUGUGAGCAGUGUGGCAAUGGUGUGGGCUUCGUGCCGCAGCAGACGGGACUGGUGGAGCGCACCGUUACGCUGGUCAACCUGCUGCCCCACGCCAACUACACCAUCCGCGUGGUGGCCCUCAAUGGCGUCUCGGCUGGCAGCCCGCUGGCAGGACAGCCCUACGCUGAGGUCAACGUCUCCACUGGGCUUGCAGUGCCAACUCCUGUCACUGACAUCCGCACCGAUAAAGUCGAGCAGAAGAGCAUCUCCUUGUCGUGGCAGGAGCCAGGCUUCCCAACCAACAGCACCGAGUACGAGGUCAAGUACUACGAGAAGGAUCAAAGAGAUCGAAGUUACUCAACUGUGAAAACCACCUCAACAGCCGUGACAGUCAAUAACCUGAAGCCUGGCACCCUCUAUAUUUUCCAAAUCCGGACAUCUUCCUCACAGGACUACGGCAACUACAGCCCCAGCAUUGAAGUGGAGACAUUGGCUGAGUUGACAGUGGCCUCAAAUGAGCAGAAUCCUGUCCUUAUCAUCAUAGUGGUGGCCAUCGCAGGGCUGACGGUGCUGGUGUCCAUGGUGGUUGGCAUGAUGGUCUGGAGGAGGCAGUGUGGGUACAGCAAAGCCAGCCAGGAUGGAGACGAGGAGCUUUACUUCCACUUUAAAAUACCGACCAGGAGGACUUACAUUGACCCGGACACUUGCGAAGAUCCCAUGCAGGCUGUGCACCUCUUUGCCAAAGAGCUGGAUAAUGCCAGUAUUAAAAUCGAGAGGAUCAUCGGGACAGGAGAGUUUGGAGAGAUCUGCCGGGGCUGCCUGAAGCUGCCCAGCAAACGGGAGCUGCCAGUGGCCAUCCAGACACUGCGGGCUGGCUGUUCUGCCAAGCAGCAGCGCUGCUUCCUGGCCAAGGCGUGCACCAUGGGUCAGUUCGACCACACCAACGUCAUCCGGCUGGAGGGAGUCAUCACCAGAGGGAGCACCAUGAUGAUAGUGAUGGAGUACAUGGGGAACGGAGUGCUGGACUCUUUCCUCAGGAAACACGAGGGCCAGCUCACGGCCAGCCAGCUCCUCAGCAUGUUGCUGGGGAUCGCUGCUGGCAUGAAAUACCUGGCAGAGAUGGGUUACAUACACAAAAGCCUGGCUGCCCACAAAGUCCUGGUGAACAGCAGCCUGGCUUGCAAAAUCACCGGAUUCAGACGGCCGCAGGAAGAUAAGAUGGAGACCAUCUUCUCCACCAUGCGUGGGAAGAGCCUGGUGCUGUGGUCAGCCCCUGAAGCCAUCCAGUACCACCACUUCAGCCCAGCCAGCGAUGUGUGGAGUUUCGGCAUCGUCAUGUGGGAGGUGAUGUCCUAUGGAGAGAGACCCUACUGGGACAUGUCCCACCACGAUGUGAUGAAGGCAGUGGAGGAUGGCUUCCGCCUGCCUGCCCCAGCACACUGCCAGCCACCGUUGCACCAGCUGAUGCUGGACUGCUGGCAGAAGGAGCGCAGCCAGCGCCCCAAAUUCUCCCACAUCCACGACAUCCUCAGCAAGAUGCUGCAGAGCCCAGAGCCGCCUCCAUGCACCAGGUCCCGCAGCACUGUGCCCCUCACCGAGCGCUCCUUCGUGGCUUUCCCAGCGUUCAGCUCUGUGGGAGAGUGGCUGGAAGCCAUAGGGAUGGGCAGGUACCGAGAUAACUUCACUGCUGCAGGCUGCUGCUACCUGGAGUCCGUGGCCAGGAUGACAGCGCAAGACGUCCUGAGCCUGGGGAUCACUCAGGCAGAGCACCAGAAGACCAUCCUGAGUGGCAUCCAGACCCUGCGGGCCCAGGUGAUCCAGAUGCAUGGCAGGGGCGUGCAGGUGUGA